AGUUGCACUUAUUGAAUGCACUUUGAAAGCUAACCUUGGUUAGCAGUCGGUAGUUAGUUGGCUGAUCACGUCUUUUUGGGGGGUAGCCCGAGUCCACAACCCGAUGGGAACUCUUUCGGCUUCGCUUGCUCUGGCGCUGAUAACAAAGUUCACCAGCAACUGGGGGAAAAUGUUACUGUCAUAAACUGAGGUCAGGGGCUGGCGUAGUAUGCUGCUAGUCUAGCUAUAAGCUGCAUAAUUUAACCAACUAGCAAGUUAGCACCACUAUAUGUUUAUUGCAGUAAGACUUGAAAAUGUAAAUAAAAAAUUCUACGUUUUAGGGGCAGUUGUUUGGCUAUUCUGCAUUGAAACAUGUAUACGGUGGUCCCAAUAAAUAGCAGCUAACUUGCUCACGAUGCGGCCUAACUUGCAGCAUCCGGGAGCUUGAUUUGAGAUGGUACUGACACUGGACGAUAGCGAGGUUUGUUUAGCGAUUUACCCAGCGGUACAAAUGUACAGUUGACACGGGUAUAGAAACCACCGGUCUCAAAAGACACUUUAAAAAAAAAUACUUUUAUGGUGUUAUCGAUUUGAUCCGACUCUAGUCUGAAUUCUGACGGGUUGUUAACGGGGUUUUUCUUUUCUUUUUUUUUGUAAAACGAACUGCCUUCCUGUUCUGCGGAUGGCAUGACUACGGUAAUCGGCCACAAAAGGACCGGGCAAGCAAAUGCCUGAUGAUAAGCGACGGCAAAAAGGGCAGCAUAGUAAACUAGCCAGCUAGAUCCACAUUUAUGUUAUCCUUACUGCUAUCGCAAAAUCACUGAGCUAGGUAACUAACAUUGACUACAGCGGUGCAUCGGAAAGCAGCUCAGACGUGGAGCAAAACAAAGGAUAGUGAAGUUGCUGUGUUGCCGGUUCAGGGUAAAGGACGCGAAUCUGCUGCUUGUGUUGCAGAGUGGCUAAAGUCGCGCUCACGAAACAGCAAGGCGAUCGAGACAUUGCUGUUCAUUUUCAGAGAAGCGACCGUCGGUUAGUAGGUUGCUAACAAUAUGGAAUAAACAUGGCACAGAAGAGGAGUUCUUUUCUUGAAGAACAAGGCAAUCCCGCAGAUGCAUGGCAUUAGUUUCAGGAGGCCUUAUCUGAGGGCGUAGGACAUGACGCUGAGCCUCAAAUCAUAUUAUGAAAACAUAAGGACUGAUGGAGCCAGUAAAAACUAGCUGUCACCUCAGAAGCAGUUUGAAUCUCUAAAUAGAUCUGAGGCCAGGAAAGAUGGAGGUUUCAAGCAAAACUGGAGCUUUGACAGUGAAGAGAAGAAGACUGACUCUUCCGUGGAGACCAUGAGUGAGGGAGGUGAGCAGAGGGACCCUACGCCAGAGGGGAAGAAGUCUCCUCCCCUGAAACCAUUUUGCACAAGUGACAGUCUAAAAACGUAUGAGCGGAGGCCAAAUCAAUUAAGGAUGUAUAAAGGAAGCGGUGGAGGCCUGAACAAGCUGGGAGUUGGCAAGACGAUAAGUGAAACCCCACCGACUGUGACGUCGCCGGUUCUCCCCAGCAGAACCAACUAUUUCAUCCUCAGCCCUGCGCCCUCACAGGGGGUGGUUGUUCAAGGCCGGUUCUUCCAGCACGCCAACGCUCCCGCUGUCAUCAGAAAGGCCGCCCAGAGCAACCUUGACUUGAAGGAAAGGAAGGACUACACUACCCAGCAGAUCCAAAGAGUAGAAUUAGACAGCAUAAUUCUCACCUGUCCAGAAAUCCCAGCCGCCAGCAACCUGGUUCUCGGAGGCAACAUCAAACGGCGAAUCCAGAGCAAACGGACCACGUCGCUGGAAGCCAAGAAAGUGGAGGCCCUGGCCCCUGAGGACUACUUCACCGUGUGCGGGAAGUGCGGCAAGCAGAGCGAGAACCACGUCAAGUGCCAGAACUGCGGGAACCCCCUGGUCCAGGACCCCCCCGGCCCGGCGGAGGCGGCGUCCCCGCUGGCCCGGCCCGCCGUCCGGCCCCACGCCUCCUCGGGGCCCCACAGCCUGCUCCCCAAGACCUUCUACGGUCCGUCGCCGGCGCGGUCGCCCCGGGCCGACGCGGCCAUGAACCCGCCGGUGCGCAUCACGCGGACCGCCGUCCCGCUGCCGCACAACAGCAGGGCCGCCGGCUCGGGCCCCUUCGGGGCCAAGGGCCCCAAGGGCAACAGGAGGCAGCCGGCCGCCAAGCAGAACGAGCCCGAGGACCCCAUCGUGCUGUCCAGCGACGACGACGAGGAGGAGGAGGAGGACGCGGACAACGGCAGCACGGGCAGCGCCAGCCGGAUGGACAGCAUCUCGCCGCGGCCCGCCGACUCCGCCCACUCCUCGCCGGCGCCCUCCGGGGGCAGGGUGGAGGCGGCGGUGAAGGGCGCGUCGGAGCUGGAGGAGAUGACGGACAUCACGGACGCCGUCUCGAAGAUUUCGGCUCCGCGGAAGCACCGCAUGAAAGACCAAUUUGGAAACAUGGUACCAGAUGGCGCCAACCACAGCCCCACCCUCACGAAACGGCGGAAAGUGAGCUUGUCGUACAAGCUGGACAGCAUCAUCCUGGAGUGCAGGAGCGUGAGGGUUGGGACGCUACGCAGGAUGGUCACCAAGCCCGUCAUCUUUACAGUGGAAUACAUUCAGAUUGAAACUGAAGCCCCCAAGCCGGACGCCCUGGACAGGCUGAAGCUGAGGGCCUCGGAGCUGACCAGCUGCGAGUGGUGCAGCACGCGCAAGCUGCCCUCCAUCUUCCUCCAGACCACGCCCGCCGAGUGCCUGCGCCUCCGCUCCCAGCUCAAGAUGUCCCAGGACGGCCGGGGGCUGUGGUACGACAGCAGCAGCGAAAACGCUGACGAGAAGUACAUCGUCCUGAUCUUCGAGAACGGGCUGUCCAUGCACGAGCAGGUGAUCCUGGAGGACAUCCUCCAGGAGAUCAGCAAGGCGAACAACCUGAGCGACUUUCCGGCCAAGCUGACAUUCGAAGAAGCCAACGUCAGGCUAGUGCAGUACAACCGAUCCAAAGGAAAGCCCUCGGAGUCGGCCAUGCAGACACGGAUGUCCACCCGCCUCCGCGACUUCUUCGACGAGGAAGACGAGGACGAGGACGACGCGGCCGAGCUUCACCCCACCUUUACCGGACCAGUUGUGAAGUUAAUAGUUUAUCCUCCUCCACCAGCCAAAGGAGGCAUAUCCGUCACCAAUGAAGACCUCCACUGCCUCAACAACGGGGAAUUUUUAAACGAUGUCAUCAUAGACUUUUACUUAAAGUAUUUGUUCAUGGAGAAGUUAAAAAAAGAGGACGCGCACAGGAGUCACAUGUUCAGUUCCUUCUUUUACAAGAGGCUCAACCAGAGAGAGAGGAGGAGCGUGCCGGACGCCGCCAAUCUACCGAUACAGAAGAGGAAGCACAACCGAGUGAAGACCUGGACCCGCCACGUGGACCUCUUCCAGAAGGACUUCAUCUUCGUUCCCAUCAACGAGUCGGCUCAUUGGUACUUGGCUGUGAUCUGCUUCCCGGGUCUGGAGGGGCCCCAGUACGAGCCCAACCCGCUGUACCAGGCCCCGGGGACGGCCCCGGCGGCUGGCCCCGCGGGGGAGGAGCCGGCGGCCCAGGGGGCGGAGCAACAGCAGCAGCCCCCGGGCAGCGAGGAGGCGGAGGGCCGCGCCGAGACCACGCCCGGCGGGGACGCCUCCUCCGAGAGCGACUCCAACAGCGACCAGGCCAGGGGCGGAGCCUCGUCCUCCGACGGGGCCCCGGAGGGAAAGGCCGCGCCCGGCGACGGGCAGGACGGCCCCGGCGACGCCCAGCCGCAGUUCACGGAUGGCCUGCACCGGAUCAGCGUGUGCUACGGAUCGAAGGACAGCGCUGAGGACGCGUGCACGUUUUCGGAUGACCAAAGUUCCAGUCAGGAUGAGUGCAGUGAUGACGGAGCCAUGGCGGACGACCCGCUGAACUCCUCAGAGAGCACGGAGUGGACCUCCAGACCCACCAUCUGUAGACAGCCUUGUAUUCUUAUCAUGGAUUCAUUACGAGGCCCUACUAGAUCAACGGUGGUGAAAACUUUACGAGAGUACCUGGAGGUGGAGUGGGAGGUGAGGAAGGGGACCCAGAGGAGUUUCGGGAAGGAGGUGAUGAGGGGCUCCAGCCCCCGCGUCCCCCAGCAGGACAACUUCAGCGACUGCGGCGUCUACAUCCUGCAGUACGUGGAGAGCUUCUUUGAGAACCCGCUCCCAAGUUUCCAUCUCCCCAUGAACUUAACGGACUGGUUUCCGCAGCAACGGAUGAAGAAGAAACGCGAGGAGAUUAAGGAUCUCAUUCUGGGGAUCCAGAGCCAGCAGCAAAUGGACAAGAAGGGUCCGACCCAGGGUCAAGGGUCAGCCCCGCCCGGCGACCCCGACGAGGGGUCCGCCCCCGGGCCGGACCCGCAGGAACCAGCCGCGAGCUCCUGAGACCCGGCUGGCGGGAUCGUGAUCCCGAUACGAGAUCCUCCGGCCCGGUUCGGCCCUGUUCGGCCCAGUUCGGCCUGGCUAGGCCCAGAUCAGCCCCGGCCUUCGCCUCUGCGGGACGGCUCGUGAUCGUACGCUGCUGGAAGAAUUCCUCCCAUUAUUUCCUUUCACUGUUCUAGUCCCUUCCGUUAUCAAGCAGAGAACAUUUUAAAUAAAAUAUGUACAUAUGUUGGAGUUUGUGCUGCUUUUGUAAUUAGUUUUUUUUUCCCCCCCAACAUCCUCUUGUUAGAUAGCACAUUAAUAGAAAUCGCAUUAAAGUAUUAUCACAUUCUUUUGAGAGAUUUGUGCAUUGCAUACUGGUUAAUAUUCAUGCCUCACUUCUUUUUUUUAUGCUUUUUGAGUUAUGUAGGAAAUUGUUAUUUGUAAAAUAUAAACACCAAAUUGGGAAAAUGUUCUGUUUUUUAUUAUUAUUAUUCAAGCUCAUUUCAUGAAAGUUGCUAGUUAGUGCCUGUUAAAAGCUUUCCAGUAAGUGAAAGCAAGCCUUCAAGGUAGAUGAUGAGGAGGAGAGAUGAAUUUGCCUUUAAUUUAUACAGUAUCAAAGAAAAAUGUUUCCGUGUCAUCAUUUUAUCAUGACUUUACUGGACUUGGCGGUCUCACCAGGGUAGACGUCUACACUUGAUUUCUGUAUCUCCACAAAUGGAACCUUUAAUACUAGUUUUCCAGGUACUCUUAUGAAUUCUACAACUUGGCAGUUCAGAAUUGCUUGUCGUAUACCAUGUGUCCCAACAGAGGGAACUUGCCAUGUCCGCUUAAGAGUUUGUGUUGAGGAGGCGUAGAGUUUGAUGAUGUUUCAGUGUGAAUAAAGUUGCAACGCCUAUCAAAAUGUCAAUAAAAAAAGAAACAAUUUCUGAUAAAAACCUAGCCCUAAACUUUAUUACCUGUAAGCAGCACCGCAAUGCUGUGUGCUUAGGAGGGGACCCAUUCAAGAUGUAGGCUAAUAAUUGCAUUAUCAGCUUAGCAAGUCUAGGCAUGCAUACUAGAGAGGGUUAAAGUGGGAAUUAGCACAGUGGGCCACCUCAGGAUUUGUCAUUCUUGGAGUUUUUAUUUAUUAUUUAACCACAGUUCUGAACCUUUCUUUGUAUAAAAUGCACACUAUUGGAUCUCAGUUAUGAUUGCAUUUCUGUGUAGAAGAGCUUUGAAAUGUUAUACAUAAUUGGGGGAAACUUAUAUGAAGAUAUGUCAUUUGCUGGUGUGUCAUUUCCUUCCCACUGUAGGCAAGAGCCAAAUUAAAUUUACAAAUCAACAUUGCAUAACAAA